AGAAGAUACAUCGGCAAAAGAGUCAACAGUACCCACAAGGAAGGGAAAGGGCUAAUAAAUAGAGAUUUUAAAAUGGAGUCACCAAGAACGCCAGAAUCUUUAUCACCAGGAAGUGCAACAGAAUCUCGGAUGGAAAAUCUAUUGGGACUUCUUAGAAUUCGGGUCAAGAGAGGUGUAAAUCUUGCCGUUCGUGAUGUACGAAGUAGCGAUCCUUACGUUGUUGUCAAAAUGGGUAAACAGAAAUUGAAGACUCGUGUUAUACGAAAGGAUGUUAAUCCUGAAUGGAAUGAGGAUUUGACGCUUUCAGUUGAAGAUCCUAAUCUUCCAAUCAAGCUGACUGUCUACGACCAUGACACUUUCAGCAUGGACGACAAAAUGGGAGACGCAGAAAUAGACAUUAAACCAUUUGUAGAAGUCUUGAGAAUGAAAUUAGACAACCUCCCGAGUGGUACUAUACUUACAAGAAUACAACCGAGCAGGUCGAAUUGCCUCGCUGAAGAGAGUCGCGUCGUCUGGAAUGACGGCAAGGUGAUGCAAGAUUUGUGCCUGAGAUUGAGAAAUGUGGAGUGUGGUGAAGUGGAAAUUCAGCUUGGGUGGAUUGAACUCCCUGGCUCCAGAGACAUGUAGAAUGCAAGAAAUGUCUGUUCUGGUACUUUUUUUUUUGUAACUUUAUAUUGCUGAAUUUAGUCAUUUCCAGUCUGUUUUGAGUUUUCUGGUGAGGUAUGUUUUAAAGGACAAAGUUUGCUAAAUAUACUUCGUGUCUCUCUGAAUUUAUGUACAAGGUUAUUAGUACUAUGAAACGACCAAAUUGCCGAAA